AUGGGAGGCCGGCACCGGGGGAGGGGCCCGGGAUCCCCUGGGCCUCGCCAGGCCUUUGGCUUCUCGGUCUGUUUCCGAGCUGGGCGCCGGGGAUCGGAGAAUAAGGGCCAGCGACAACUUGCGUUUUUUGUGGUUUCUGCCUUGUUUCAGCCGAAGGGGAAAAAGGCCAAGGGGAAGAAGGUGGCCCCGGCUCCUUCUGUCGUAAGGAAGCAUGAGGUGAAAAAGGUUGUGAACCCUCUGUUUGAGAAGAGACCCAAAAACUUUGGGAUUGGUCAGGAUAUCCAGCCCAAGAGGGACCUGACGAGAUUCGUAAAAUGGCCGCGGUAUGUCCGACUUCAGCGUCAGAGGGCCAUCCUGUACAAGCGUCUGAAGGUGCCUCCAGCAAUUAACCAGUUCACCCAGGCCUUGGACAGGCAGACUGCCACCCAGCUCUUCAAACUGGCCCAUAAAUAUAGGCCUGAGACUAAACCGGAGAAGAAGCAGAGACUACUCGUCCGGGCCCAACACAAGGCAGCUGGGAAGGCCGAUGCUCCAACAAAGAGACCAGCAGUUCUGCGAGCAGGUGUGAACACUGUUACCACACUGGUGAAGAGUAAGAAAGCUCAGCUGGUGAUUAUCGCACAUGAUGUUGAUCCCAUUGAGCUGGUUGUGUUCCUGCCUGCUCUCUGCCGUAAGAUGGGAGUUCCUUAUUGCAUCGUCAAAGGCAAAGCCAGACUCGGGCGACUGGUGCACAGAAAGACUGCCACCUGCCUUGCCCUGGCUCAGAUCAACCCUGAGGAUAAGGGUGCGAUGGCCAAGUUGAUUGAGGCUGUGCGGACAAACUACAACGAGCGGUUCGAUGAGAUCCGUCGUCAUUGGGGUGGUGGCAUUCUGGGUCCCAAGUCCGUGGCUCGCAUUGCAAAGCUGGAGAAGGCCAAGGCUAAGGAGCUGGCAACUAAACUGGGAUAACUUCCUGCCCACAUGGCCUGUUGUAUAUAAAAAAAGUAAAACCAAUUGUAUUUAAAAAAAAAA